UUUUCCAUAUAAAAUGGGGGUGAUGGCGUCUUCUUCCCUCCCUGGCUUUCUUCUCUCCCUCCAAGAAACCAAGGCUCCCCCCGAUCAUCAUCCGUCCUCUCCAUCGCCGGAAAUGGGCAGCACUCAUUUUCCUCCUGACGGUGCCAUCCCGCUUGGCCACCCUUGUCUCGUCAGUCUAUGGCAGCGCAGGGAGGUUGGAAAAGUUGCAUUCAGGCGCAUCAAAGACCUAAUCUCUUGUCUUUACUCAGUUACUCCUGGAGUCUUUACGGACCCAAACUUCCUGGAGCGAUCUCUUGUUGUGGACGGUGUGACACCCUACACAAGCCCCCAGGACCUGCUGAAGAUAUUCUCCUUCGUGGCUGUGGAAGCAGCAGUUUUAGUUCGAGACAGCGAGACUGGCUAUCGAGUCGGAUUGGUGGUCUUCGCUGAUGUCUUAGACAUGAGUGCCAUCAACUUGAAUCCUCACUGGGGUUUAUAUGCUACCUGCAUUCCAGCAAGCAGCCAUGGCGAUCCACGCCAAUACAUCAGGGAUGCUCUGAAGGAUGAGUCAACCAGGCGACCCAGUGCUGAGCUCCUCCGAUCGCUUGUACCUCCUCAGUUCCUGCUGGAAGACAAGGACAAGGACCUCCACCUGAGGAGUGUCUUUGUUAGAGGGGUCGUCGAUCGACGCCGCAAGCGCGGCAGGCCUGGUGGAAGCGCCUAUGGUCUUUGCUGCCUGGCGACAGACCACCUCCUUGCGAGGGGCUAUAUUUGUGCGGCGGUGGCGUGUUGGGUUGAAGAUGCUGGCUUGCUCGUGUACGACGACGCGGGCACCACAGAGCUGCUCGCCAGGAGGGCCCCCCGUUUGUGUGUCAAGUCCAUCGGCCUCCAGAUGCAGGAUACGUCGCUGCUCCCGCUGCUCCAGAGUGAGUCUGACCUGGAGGCGUCCGAGCUGCGGCGCAUGCUGCCGCCGUACAUCACGCAGCAGCAGGAGGGGGAGGAUGGCAUGCUCGGGCGCCGGGUGAUGGUGUUGACAGGGAUUGACACCCAGCAGUGCAGGUGUGAUGCCGCUGAGAUCGCCUACUUUCUGCAGCACCAGGUGGGUCUGCUCGAGGUUGAGGCCGUAAUCGUUCACAGGGCUUUGCAGAAGGUGGUAGUUGUGCUCGGGUAUGGAAGGGAUGCCGUGGUUGUGCUGCGGGAGCCCCCGGAGACAUGGGUACAUGCUUUUGGACAGCAGGCUACCUGGACCAGCGUUUUUGUGUGCCCGCCACCGCCACCGCCACCGGACGGUCCGGCCUCAGUACUACUUCUGGAUGACCUGCAGCUAUGGAGCCCCAGGGAUCGGAUGAAUCCUGUGGACUACUGUAAUGUCAGGACAUGGAUCUACGAGAACAUAGGGCCGGGGGGACGUGUCUGCUACAGUGACAUCGUCCAUUGCCUCACCGGGAUCUGUGCUCUCGGCAAUCCUGCUACUGUCUGGAGCAGAAGUUUCCCACAUAGGGCGUUGGUCCUGUCAGGUAUCUCCUGCGGCACCAACCGGUCCGAUCUAUGCCGUCGCCUCUCCAGAUUUGGUUGGCUGGACGACGUGGUCUAUGACCAUUCCACGGGGAUCGCUCUGGUCGUCUUUAUUUCUCCGUUUGAGGCAAGCAGGCUUUACGGAGUUCCCGGAUAUGCUCCGCAACGGGUGCUCUGGAACCACUUGGGCUUCACCGACUGCAGACCACCUUGUCCCGAAGAUGCUCAUGUCACUAUUGCACGCCGUGUUCUGGAUCGGUUGGCACUUCAUCUCUAGCCACUUCCUUCAGGCUCUGUGCAUGAAAACAUUCUUACUACCUUCUUGUCCUCAAGAGAAACUGUAUAGUAUGUAAUCAAGUUGGUCCCAUACCACUUGUAAACUGUUUUGCUUCACCUUUGAAUAGUUGCUUGGUUAAAAACAACCAACACUAUACAGACCAUACAGCCGGCAUUUGAAGGAAACUAAAGAAGCAAGAAGAAGGACCUUUCCGGCGCUUGUAGUAUGGCCCUUUCUUCACAUCUAAUUGGUCUGGGAUAGGUGCUUGACUUAAUUACUUCCAGCCUGAUAGAUGGCGUUCAUUUUCUUAUAAGCACCUCUCUAUUCAAGAUGCAUUCAACAUGGGCAGCAGAUUAAGUGAUUUAUUAUUGUCCCUUCUUCUAGAGGAGGUGAUACAUCAUAUUGUGACAGUCCAUAUUCCAUGCUUUACUGGUGAGAAAGAUAAACUACUUAGGAUCCCCGACAACCAUGACAUCUUCUCAACGAAAUCCGCUUUUGAUGUUAUCAGAAGGCCAACGGGUGAUUCCACUCUCCUCGCUAGCGUCGAUCGGUAUUCUAUUACGAAAGAGCCUCUUCGUCCCUCCCCCCCGGAAGAUGGGCAUAAUCAUAUUCAUUUCAUUUUCAGGCGAGCUCUUUGCCUAUCGACUACGCUUGCCGUAUUGCUUAACGGCGUACUCUAU